UGCGUCCGAGUCCCUGGCUGAUGCAUCCAUCCAUCACCCACCUCCUUCCUCCUCCCAGGCUCGAACCGCUAGACGCAGUGGAGUGGUGGCUCCGCGGCUUCGGGACUCCCGGGAGGCGGACAGGGGUAUCCUGAGAGAAGAUGGGGAAGGGCUGUAAGGUUGUGGUUUGUGGAUUGUUGUCUGUUGGGAAAACAGCAAUUUUGGAGCAGCUCCUUUAUGGAAAUCAUACUAUUGGAAUAGAAGAUUGUGAGACAAUGGAAGAUGUAUAUAUGGCUUCAGUAGAAACAGAUCGGGGAGUAAAGGAACAGUUACAUCUUUAUGACACCAGAGGUCUACAGGAAGGUGUGGAGUUGCCAAAGCAUUAUUUUUCAUUUGCUGAUGGCUUUGUUCUUGUGUACAGUGUCAAUAAUCUGGAAUCUUUUCAAAGAGUGGAGCUCUUGAAGAAAGAAAUUGAUAAGUUCAAAGAUAAAAAAGAGGUAGCGAUUGUUGUACUAGGAAACAAAAUCGACCUCUCUGAGCAGAGACAAGUGGAUGCUGAAGUGGCACAGCAGUGGGCCAAGAGUGAGAAAGUGAGACUGUGGGAGGUAACGGUUACAGAUCGGAAAACUCUCAUUGAACCAUUCACUUUAUUAGCCAGUAAACUUUCCCAGCCCCAGAGCAAAUCAAGCUUUCCUCUACCUGGGAGGAAAAACAAAGGGAAUUCUAGCUCUGAGAACUGAAAGUCAGUCAUGCCAGAACUAUUUGUUAAAUAGUAUUUGCUUUAAGUUU